GGUCAUCGGACGGUGCCUGUUCCAUCGUGAUUCUGGUCGACAAUUUCGAGUAUCUGGUUAACGACGUUGGUUCGUCCUCUUCGCUCUCGCACACUCAACACUCGGUCAAUGUAGGAUUCGCAAGAGGCGCAGCAAUCCAUCCUGAUGUAAAUUUUAGGUCGGUAGCAGAAGGCUUCUCUAAAAUCCUUCUUUUUUUGCUACGAACACAGCGCUUCAGCAGUGAAAAUCAAAUAUUAUGCGUCAUGGUUGCGUGUCAUCAAUAACCGGCAGUGACGAUGCAUAUUUAGACUUGUUCCGGUCCUGAUGCCGAAGAUGUGGGAAAGGCAAAGCAAGCUGUUUUUGAUGUCUACAGCAUCUCUUUCCACAACCAUUACCAUCUCCUCAGGAUACACGAACGGCGAUUCGAUGGCGAAGAUCUUUACCUUGGUCAAGAAGACGGCGAAAAAGCCAAUUCCCUUUGUCAAGAAGAAGGGCGUUGAGACUCUUACAAUGCCUCUGGAAUGUCUAAAGGCGGCUUCUGUGUUAAUCCCGGUACCGGCCCUUGGACCAGCGACGGAUAUUGUCUUUUCCAUUCUGAAAAAGGUGGACCAGAGCCAGCAGAAUACGGGGACCGCCCGUGAAAUCGUAAAUCUGUGCUUGAAGGCUCAUGUCACUCUAUCCGAGCAUCUGCAGAGCGUAGAAAUUACGCCUGCCUUAUUGGACAGUAUUCGACAGUUUGAAGCGAUUUACAUAAUGUCCAAAACACUGUCGAAGAGUAUGAACAGAAGAUGUCGAUUGAACGAACGCUCUAUUCUAAAUCAUACAACGAUGAGUUGCAACGCAUCAAAAAACGGGUCAACAGUACUCUGUCGCUUUUCCAAAUCAAGAAGUUACUUUCGCUUGAAGAAACCUGCGCAAAGAUUCACGCAUCCAUGCAGUGCAACGAACAGAAUACUGCCGCGAUUUAUGCAUACUUGCAGAGCAUUGAACAGAAUACUGCAGCGAUUUAUACAUACCUGCAGCGCAUCGAACAGAAUGCCGUAGAGAGCACAUCCCUACAGCGCAUCGAACAUAAUACUGUGGUGCUCAUGAAUCGCUCCGAACCUGCUUCGAAGCCUGAAGAACCACUGGUAGAUGUAAGUUAAGCCUUCCUGACAAAAACCGAAACGGGUGCUCGUGAAACCUGUAGAUCGUGCGGAGAAGUGAUCUCACUCUCUGCGAAGAGAUCAUUCGUAGUCCAGGGUAGUCUUCAAAAAGCAGAAAUGCAUGGAAAGAUCGUUACCAUCAAAGUGUUCACAGGCUGUAAAGCGAAAUCGACGUGGGAAGCGUCAAAUAUGUUGGACUUGAAAUUUAUGUACGUGGCAUCAAGAUUCUGCACG